GAGGAAAUAAUUGGUUUGACUCUCUCUCUCCAUCUUGAGCCUAAUACUUAUUGUCUUUCUUCCAUAAGGAGUUGAUCUUCAUCAUCCUGUUGUGUUUCUACUGAUCAAGACAACUUCAAUGGCUCCAUGGAAUUCCUGGGUUUGUGAGAGAUUUGAUUUGAGAUCAAUUUGCAGUCAAAGAGCAAUUGUAGACGGACUAAACUUAUUGUCGGUUAUUGCUCUUACUCUCUUCUUCAUUAUCUCCAUCUUCUUCGUUAGUUCUCCACGGAGGAAUCAUGCUUCUUCUUCAGGAGAAUUCUACAGAAAGCAUUUCACGAGUGUAGUUGCAUCUAUAUGCUGCGGUUUCACUAGCAUUGCUUAUAUUGGUGUCGGGAUAAAGAAUUUGAUAAUAGCUCUUGAUCAUGACAAAGGGUUUAAUAACUGGGUUUUGUUGUACUUUCUCAGAGCAUUGAUUUGGUGUUGUUUAUCUAUUUCAUUGCUUAUUCAGAGGUCUAAAUGGAUCAAAAUCUUCGUUUCUAUUUGGUGGGUUUUGUUCUUCCUAAUGCUUUCAGCCUUACAAAUAGAGAUUCUAGUCAUUCAAGGCGACAUUCAGAUCAUUCAGGUUGCAGAAUGGUUUGUAAGCUUCUUACUCUUCUGUUGUGCUGUAAGGAGCUUUGUUCAGCUCUUUUGUCGAAACAACAGCGAAGAAGAAGCCAGCUUAUCAGAGCCAUUGAUCAAUGAGGGGAUUCAAAAGGAUUGUUCAGAAAUCGGCUCUGCAAGUUUCUAUAGUAAAUUAACAUUUGCUUGGGCGAAUGAUUUGCUUCGAUUGGGUUAUUCAAAGAUAUUAGAACUUGAUGACAUUCCAAACCUAGUCCAUGAAGAUGAGGCCGGUUCUGCAUAUGAGAGGUUCAAAGAAGCUUGGAAUGUGCUUUUGCAUAAGGAAAAUAGUUACUCUAACAUUAUUUUUUGGUCAUUGGCAAAUUUACAUGUGAAACAAAUGGUGCUUGCUGGAAUUUACAUAUUUCUUAGGACGAUAUCCAUCAUAAUGGCCCCGUUGCUUCUUUAUGCAUUUGUGAAUUAUGCAAGCAAUGAUAUUGAGAGUACUACUAAAGGGUUUUACCUGGUGGGUUACUUAGUAAUAGUGAAAGUAGUUGAAUCGAUCUCCCAAAGACAUUUCUAUUUCACUUCGAGGAGAAUAGGGAUGCAGAUUAGAUCGGCUUUGAUGGUAGGAGUUUACCAAAAACAGCUCAAGUUAUCAAGCUUGGGACGAAAAAGACAUUCAUCUGGUGAGAUAGUGAACUACAUUGCUGUUGAUGCUUACAGAAUGGGGGAAUUUCCAGUUUGGCUUCAUUUAGCGUGGAGUUCGAUUUUACAACUAUUUCUUUCAAUGAUACUCUUGUUCUGGAUUGUGGGUAUUGGCACUUUACCUGGCUUAGUCCCUCUCGCUGUAUGCGGUAUUCUAAAUAUGCCUUUCGCGAAACUUCUAAAGAAAUAUCAGUUUGAAUUCAUGGUAGCACAAGAUAAGAGGCUUAGAGCUACUUCUGAAAUCUUGAACAGUAUGAAGGUCAUCAAGUUGCAGUCGUGGGAGGAUAAUUUCAAGAACGUGAUUCAAUCCUUUCGCGAUGAAGAGUUUAAGUGGUUGGAACAAUCGCAACAUAAGAAGACUUAUUGCACUAUCUUGUUCUGGAUGUCUCCCACUAUAGUUUCUACGGCCAUCUUCUUUGGAUGCAUUGUUUUCAAAAGUGCUACCUUGGAUGCCGGAACUGUCUUCACUGUUUUGGCAAUUUUGAAGGGAAUUCAAGAACCUGUUAGACUUAUCCCCGAAAUCCUUUCUUCGAUCAUCCAGGUGAAAGUAUCGUUAGAUCGAAUUCAAUCUUUCUUGUUGGAUCACGAGAUAGAGAACGAGAGAAUGUUAAAAGUUAGACCACCUAGUAGUACAAGUACUUGUAUUGAAAUUCAAAAUGGAAAUUUCAGUUGGGAUCUUGAAUUUUCAUCUCCUACUUUGAUUGAUUUGCAUAUGAAAGUACAUUUUGGACAAAAGGUUGCAAUUUGUGGCCAAGUUGCGUCUGGGAAAUCGUCUCUUUUAUAUGCAAUACUUGGAGAAAUACCCAAAAUUUGCGGGGAGGUGAAAUUAUUCGGAUCAAUUGCUUAUGUUUCUCAAGCUUCUUGGAUUCAAAGUGGAACGAUUCGUGAUAAUAUACUAUAUGGAAAGGAAAUGGAGAAGGGAAAAUAUGAGAAUGUUAUAAGAUCUUGUGCUUUGACAGAAGACAUAAAUAGUUUUAGCCAUGGUGAUCUUACUGAGAUAGGACAGAGAGGUCUUAAUCUAAGUGGAGGCCAAAAACAGAGAAUACAACUUGCCCGAGCAGUGUACAAUGAUGCUGAUAUCUAUCUCCUCGAUGAUCCUUUUAGCGCAGUUGAUGCUCAUACUGCCGCUAUUCUUUUCAAUGACUGUGUUAUGACAGCAUUGGAGAAGAAAACCGUCGUUCUAGUGACUCAUCAAGUAGAAAUUUUGUCGAGUGUCGAUCAAAUUAUGGUUGUAGAAGGUGGUAAAAUAACUCAAUCAGGAAGUUAUGACAACCUUCUGAAGAACAGUGUAACUUUUGAACAGCUUGUUAAUGCUCAUAAGGAUGCAGUUAAUGUCUUGGAAUUUUCAACUGAAACUAUGAAAAUAAGCAAUGGUGAAGUUGAAGAGGUUAAUGGGUGUUCUGUUAUAAAAGGAAAUAAUGAUGAAGAGAUUUCUUCUAAAAUUAUUCCAAUGGCUCAGCUAACAAAAGAAGAAGAGAAAGAAGUUGGGGACUUGGGAUGGAAACCGUUCUCAGAUUACAUCCUCAUCUCAAACGGGACACUAUUUGCUUCUUUAUCCAUAAUUGCACAAUUCACUUUCACAGUACUUCAGGCAGCUGCGAGUUAUUGGUUAGCAUUUGCCAUACAAGUUCCUAACAUCACUGGGAAUGUCUUAGUUGGAGUUUAUGCUGUCAUCUCGACGAUUGGCAUAAUUUUUAUCUAUAUGAGAUCUUUUUAUGCUAAUCUUCUAGGAUUAAAAGCUUCUAAAUUCUUCUUCUUGGGAUUCAUAAAUUCUAUAUUCAAAGCCCCUAUGCUAUUCUUUGAUUCUACGCCAGUUGGGAGGAUUUUAACCCGAGCCUCAUCGGAUUUAGGUGUGUUAGAUUUCGACAUACCGUUUGCAUUUGCCUUUGCUGUUUGUGGCUUUAUUGAAUUAAUAGUAAUCAUCGCCAUCAUGGCGUAUGUAACUUGGCCUAUUCUCAUUGUGGCUUUCUUUGCUGCAAUUGCUACCCUAUAUGUUCAAGGAUACUAUCAUGCCUCUUCAAGAGAACUAAUGAGAAUUAACGGAACAACAAAAGCUCCUGUUAUGAACUAUGCUUCAGAGACAUCACUUGGUGUAGUGACCAUAAGAGCAUUCAACACAGCUAAGAGAUUCUCCGAAAACUUCUUGAAGCUCGUUGAUUCAGAUGCAAAAAUUUUCUUUUACAACAGUACAGCUUUGGAAUGGUUAACUCUAAGAGUGGAAGCAUUCCAGAACUUAACCUUGUUUGUUGGGGCAUUCCUCCUUGUUUUACUUCCCAAAGGCUAUUUGGCACCAGGACUCGUAGGACUAUCAUUAUCUUAUGCUCUUGGUUUAUCAAUGACACAAGUAUUCUUGACAAGAUGGUAUUGCAGCCUAGCCAAUUAUAUGAUCUCUGUUGAGAGAAUCAAACAAUUCAUGCAGUUACCAUCUGAGCCUCCCGCAAUUCUAGAGAACAGUAGACCACCUAAUUCAUGGCCUUUUGAAGGGAGGAUAGAUUUCGAGUGCCUUAAGAUUCGAUAUCGGCCAAAUGCCCCACUGGUUCUACAUGGGAUCACUUGCACAUUUAUUGGAGGGACUCGAGUAGGAGUUGCUGGAAGGACAGGAAGUGGUAAAACUACACUCGUAAGUGCGUUAUUUCGGUUGGUCGAGGCAGAGAGUGGGAGGAUACUUAUAGAUGGACUUGACAUAUGCUCAAUUGGCCUUAAGGACUUGAGAAUGAAACUCAGCAUUAUCCCUCAAGAACCGACACUCUUCAAUGGGAGUAUCAGAUCAAAUAUCGAUCCGUUAGGCCUUUACUCAGACGAUGAAAUAUGGGAGGCCUUGAAGAAAUGCCAGCUAAACACCUUCAUCAACAGCCUACCUAAUUUGCUAGAUUCUUCAGUGAGAGAUGAUGGUGAGAAUUGGAGUGCGGGGCAGCGCCAGCUCUUGUGUCUAGGACGAGUCCUUCUCAAGCGAAACCAAAUUCUUGUCCUUGACGAAGCAACUGCAUCUAUAGACUCGGUCACUGAUUCCAUUAUACAAAGGAUUAUUCGACAAGAGUUCUCGAAAUGUACUGUGAUUACCAUCGCUCAUAGAGUCCCAACUAUUGUCGACAGUGACAAGGUCAUGGUCCUCUCUUUUGGGAAGCUUGUAGAAUACGAUGAGCCUUCUAAACUUAUGGAAACCGACUCCUACUUCGCAAAGCUUGUAGAUGAAUAUUGGUCAAGUUGUAGAGGGAACUCCAGGCUAGGUCUUUCAAUGCAUUAACAUGUCUUUUCAUGAUGCUGAUAAUGGGUUCGAAGUAGGUUCUUCGGUUGGAAACUUUGGCUGAAGAGUGAGUCCCGAAUGUAGUCACCUGUGUAAGUCUAAGGCACCAUUCCUAUGAUAUCCCACAUUGAUAAAUAUGCACUCUUAACUUGUGUUAGAAUAAUGAAAGUGUUUACUUUGUUGGGACCUUUUG